AUGCAACAAUUUGACACGGAUAUACAGUGUGAUACUACAACUACCCCGUUUUCUGUAAAGGAUAUACUCAGUGUAAGUGAUUUAAGCGAGAAUUACUAUUUCGGAAAUACUGUAAAGAAAGAACAAAGUGACGUUUUCUAUCCAUCGUAUUGGGACAAUUCGGGAUAUUUUGGUUUUAAUGAACAAUAUGGAUGUUAUCUUGGAGGUGAAGGUGAAAAUUUCGUGAAUAAGAACUAUUGGAACUGUGAUAAUUAUCAGGAAUCAAAUCAGAAUCAUUUACAGCAUUUGAGUCAUCUCUACAGCAAUCAACAGACUGAACACUCGCAAAGGAACAAAGAUGAUGGUUAUAUCAAAAUUGAAAGUCCAAAAAUUCAACAAGUGACCAGUUCAAAAACGGAGCUCAGGAAGUCCGGCCGACAAAGAUCGAAAAGAAAACCGAGAGUGUUGUUUAGUCAAGCCCAAGUGUACGAGCUAGAACAAAGAUUUAAACAACAAAAAUAUCUAUCGGCACCUGAGAGAGAACAGAUGGCGCAAGGGCUUAAACUGACACCAACACAAGUAAAAAUUUGGUUUCAAAAUAGGAGGUAUAAAAAUAAACGGCAGAGGCUAGAGAAAACUGAGAUGGAAAGAAAAUCCGAUAAUGUAGUAACAAGUUCAGGAUAUUGCAUAGUACCUCAAAUACAACAAAAUCCCUAUACUAUGUUUCAAACUACUAGCGAUAUUUACUCACAAAAUGAAUAUAUGUGUCAAGAAAAGUAUAAUGAAAUCGGCAUGGGAUUUAACUAA